GAAAUUUGGAUCAUUGCUCCAAUUUCACAGAUGAAGUAACUGAGGCUAUCCAACUCAAGUUUGCACAAUCAGGGUUUCCAGAAAAAUCUUUCUAAGUUUGUGUACAGAAAUAACAAGAUUUUGUGAAAAACAAGCAUUUUUGGACCCUGAGGCUAAGUAUCUAUUGGUCUUAAAAGCAUAUUUUAAGUAUUAAUUGUGAAUUUUCCUGCCUUCUUCUAGAGCGGUAUUUAAGUCAAAUCUUCAAAUGAAUUAGCCGCUAGUAAAAAAAACAAUAACACCAUGAUCGUUCCCUGAGAUUUGUCCUUUCAGUGACCUUUUCUUACUUUGUGGAGACUUGAUUCUAACCUUCGAGGGAAAGAGCCUGGAAUUCCUUCCUGCUUAUUCUUUUCUUCCCUAGUGCUUGAUAUGAUGAAUGAAUCAAAGCAUCCAAGUGCUGAGAGUCUGGUCAGGGGGGCAUGGCUCAGAGACACAGACCUUUGACAGAGCAAGACAGGGAAUGGUGUGGACACAGGAGCGCAGAAUUCGCCUCCGUCCCCGGUACUUAAAAGAUGUGUCAGAGGUGGACACCAGGACCAUAAUCCAAGGGGAGAAGAUCAGUGCUCCCAUUUGCAUCUCACCCACAGGUUUCCACUGCCUUGCCUGGCCUGAUGGAGAAAUGAGCACAGCCAGAGCUGCUCAAGCAGCUGAUAUCUGCUAUAUCACCAGCACGUAUGCCAGCUGUACCCUUGAAGACAUUGUUGCUACUGCCCCCAGGGGUCUCCGGUGGUUCCAACUCUAUGUGCAGCGCGACCGGCAGCUAAACAAACAGCUGAUCCAGAGGGUAGAAUCGCUGGGUUUCAAAGCUCUGGUCAUCACUGUAGAUGUACCCAUAACUGGCAACAGGCGACAUGACAUUCGAAACCAAGUGGACUUGAAGACAAACUUACUGCUGAAAGAUCUUCGAUCACCUAAAGAGAGUUCAGGGCCUUGUCUCCAGAUGUCCUCCAUAGACCCAUCCAACUGCUGGGAUGAUCUUUCCUGGCUUCAGAGCAUAACUCAAUUGCCCAUCAUCCUGAAAGGGAUCUUGACAAAGGAGGAUGCAGAGUUAGCUGUGAAGCACAAUGUCCAAGGCAUCAUUGUUUCCAAUCAUGGUGGGAGGCAGCUUGAUGAGGUUCUCGCUUCUAUCGAUGCCUUGACAGAAGUGGUGGCUGCUGUGAAAGGAAAAAUUGAAGUGUACCUGGAUGGUGGGAUCCGAACUGGCAAUGAUGUGCUAAAGUCCCUGGCCCUUGGGGCUAAGUGUGUUUUUCUGGGGAGACCAAUCCUGUGGGGUCUUGCCUGCAAGGGUGAACGUGGUGUUGAGGAGGUUUUGAACAUUUUAAAAAAUGAGUUCCACACAUCCAUGACCCUUACAGGCUGCCGGUCAGUUGCUGAGAUCAAUCGGGACCUGAUCCAGUUCUCCAGGUUGUAAAGAAAGAAAGCUAAUAAGCAGGCUGCUGAGGUUGCCCACAGGAGGAAGACAAACUCAUAGCGUGCUGUGUGGUGCCAUCCUGCCUAGGCCCCAUCCUAUCCAGCAGCUCAUCCCUUGCACCUCUACCACUCUACCCCCUGUACUUCAGGCUCCCCAAACCCCUCAUCUUCCUCAAAUGUGUCAAGGUCUUCUUUGCCUCACUGCCUUUUACAUGCUAAUCUCUUGCCUGAAAUCCUCUGACAGAAAAGAUCUUAAAAAGGUAGAUCACUAAUGACUGAAAUAAUGGGUUAAAUUUUUUGCACAUCCUAUAUAUCUCUAUGAAACAAUUAUAGAAAUUUGCACUCUGUACAGAAGAGCUAUACAUAUAAAAUAUUCCCCAACAGAAAUCAUACUCCAACCUGUAAAUAAUAGGGAAAUAAUAUAGUUUAAAAAUUAGGCUUUGGAGCCAUACAGACAUGGGUGUAACAGUAAGGACUGCUACUGACAAGCUGUGUGACUUGGGAAAGUUUUUCAGUCUCUGUGCUUCCGUGUCCUCGUCUAUCAAAUGAGGAUUAUACUACCUAGCCUGCUAGGUUGGGAGAAAGACUAAGUGAGAUAAUGUAUGUAAAGUUUUGAGCACAAUGCUUAGCACCUAGCAGAAGUUAAAGACAAGUUUAAAGUUUAAGUUUAAGCUUUUAUUAUUAUUGUUUGUCAAAUUCCUAUUCCUCUUUCAAGACCUUGUUCAAAUGUCAACUAUUCUUAUCCUGGCUACUUGCUAGGUGCUUCCCAUUAGACUUUGCACAUUCCACUAUUAAAAUCCUUAUUAAAGUG